AACAACUGCAGAUGAGGUGGUCACCGCGGGGGCAUCGUGACACAAACAGUGACCAAGCGAGUUCACUGCUGCCCCCGCUUCGCAGAGACAAAGACGCCUCCAGGCUGCAUUCCGCCGCUUCCAGAUCGCGCCCACGUCCCACUACGGCAUGGGUGAUUUCCCAGCCCUGCUGCUAUUGCUGGCACUAGCAGGGCCAGGCCUGGCAAGAGCGGAGAGGGAAUUGGUGACCACGGGAAGCUCUUUCAGAACAACGUGUUACUAUGAUAAGCACAUUUAUUCACAACACGAGAAAUUCUGGUGCAAGGAACAGUCAGAUGGGAAAUGCCUCUACAGAGUCCUGACUCAACCAGCAAGGGGAAGGAAUAUUGCAUCAACGGGAAGAUUGAAUCUAAGAGACUUAGGAAUGGGCUGGAUUUCUGUGUCCAUGACAGAGCUCCAGGUGGAGGAUUCAGGAACAUACUGGUGCGGGGUUUCAAAUCCUAGGAAGGAUAUCCCUUUGAAAAAGGUGGAAGUGGUGGUAUCUUAUGAAGCUCCCGUUAAGCUGUCUGCAAAAAAAGGAGACUCUGUCUUCCUAAAUUGUUCCUAUUCUGUGACGGACAACUGGAAACUUAAAAAUUUCACCUGGUGCAAGAUGGUAGCCGCAACCAUGUGUCAACCUGUCAUCAACAUUGAGUUCAUUCAGGGUGAUCAUACACAAGGAAGGACCAAAAUAAAGAUUGACCGGUGGCACAGAUUGAUUACAGUGACACUGGUGGAGCUGCAGCUCAGAGACUCGGGGGAGUAUCACUGUGAGGCCCACUUCCUGGAAAGUACUGUGCUGAUGAAGAUGAUCACACUGAAUGUUUUGGAUACAGUUAAUGAAGCUAACGAGGGGGGAACCGCCCCCCCAACUGUGGCCAGCAACAAGGAGCAGAGAACGCUUUACAUCGUCCUGGCACUGGGCUGUUUCCUGGCCGGCAGUGCCCUGAUUGCUACCAUCUCACUCGUGGCUAUUAUUUUCAACAAAGGGAGAAAAAGAGGGCAGGCGCUGAACUUUGGUGAACCCCCUAACUGCAGGCUAGCAGCACAGCAGGACAAAGGGCACCCCAGAGAUGUCACGCCAGAGGGGGGGUUGAAGAACGGUCUCCUGUACGCCAUGCUAAGGCUCCAACCCAAGCCAACGCCAGACGACGUCACCUACGCCAACGUGGAGCUUCCCCCAAAACCAGAAGGGGCCAUAAGUUCUGCGGAGCCCGCGGCUGUCCUGUUCUCCUCAGGCACCAUGGAAUACGCAACCAUCAUCUUCCGAGACUCCGCUGGGCCUCAAGAGAAACAAACCAGCCCCUGCCCAACCUAGAUCCCAUGGAACCUCGUGUCCCCAUUAGAGCUAUUCUCCUGAACUGCUGGGGGUAGGAACGACAGUUGCUGGCCAUCACAUGCCUCUGGAAUGGAAAGCAAGCUGCAUGCUACACGGGUUGUCACUAGCUCCCCAUUGUAUUAUCACCGCACAUCACCAUCAGUAAAAAUUUUGGUGUGAGG